UUUAUUUUAUAAUCUCACGGAUUCUCUUUUAUACAUUUAAAAACAUGAUGCUGAAAAGGGUCCCUAGACUUCCUCUGAUCGAGGGGAAUCGAAGACGCAAUUCCUCCCCCUCCCUCCCGCAAAAAAACAAACAAACAAAUAAAUAAAUAAAGGUUAAGAAUCUCCGAAGUGGAUAAUCCCUAAAGUUCCUCCCAGACCUAAAUCUAGGAUCUUCAAAUUCUCCUGGAUCAAAUGAAUGGAUCCAAUCCAGCCCCAGAAAGCCCCGACUCCGAAAUAAGCAGGAAGAGAAAAAAAAAAGUGGCCCCUUUUUGGUCAAGUGGACCACGCCCACCCGUGGCCCCCGCUUGAGCCACCCAGUCACCUCUUCUUUCCCAGCAGAGAGUUUGCUCAUUUACAAGAUAAAAGAGGCUCCCGGUUCUGCACAUGCCCAUAAUAGACUUCACCACUGGAGGCAGCUUUACAUAAGACUGGAUUGGGGGGACCAGAGCAAGCAGUCAGUCAGUCGGGGGAGCUUUCAGCAUGCCAGGCUGCAGAAGGGAGCUGAACUCCUGCACGGUGGCGGCGGCGGACGCGCAGCGGCAGCAGCCAGAGGGGAUGCUACUGGCUUCCGUGCUCCCGGGAAGCGGCAGCUCCGCAGCCGGACCCAGGGCUGCUUAAGGGAAGUAACCGCUGGGCUAUGGAAUACAGAUGUGCUCGCUCUGCUAGCAGAGGCUGGCCCCAAGGAACACGGCAUGUUCUUCUCUGAGCAGAAACUGUAGAAGCAAGUUGUGGUUAGGGGGAGGUUUGGGUGGGUAGGGUUUUUUUUCCCUUUCAUUUUAUCCCCCCCUCCCUUCCUCAAAGUGUAAAGAUGCAAAAACGGAACAUUCAUGAAGAUCCCAUUACCUAGGAGGAAUUUCGACUUCAGCAGCGGAUGCCCACUUGGCAUUUAUUUGUUCUUGGAGGGUUCUGCCUGGCAGGCAAAGAAUAAUGUGCCCAAAUUGGUCCAUCUCCCAAGGGGUCCAAUUUUUCUUCCUGGGUGUCAGCGAGCCCUGACUCACGACAGUGCAGCUGACAGGGGCUGUCAUGCUAGAGGUACCCUAAGCCAAAGCAAAGGACCUAAGGAAGACCUGUGAACAGCACAAAGGAUGGGUUUCAAUGUAAUUAGGCUACUGAGCGGAUCAGCUGUAGCCCUGGUAAUAGCCCCCACUGUGUUACUGACAAUGCUCUCUUCUGCUGAACGAGGAUGCCCUAAGGGCUGUAGGUGUGAAGGCAAAAUGGUAUAUUGUGAAUCUCAGAAAUUACAGGAGAUACCCUCAAGUAUAUCUGCUGGCUGUUUAGGUCUAUCCCUUCGCUAUAACAGCCUUCAGAAACUUAAAUAUAACCAGUUCAAAGGUCUCAACCAGCUCACCUGGCUGUACCUAGACCACAACCAUAUCAGCAAUAUAGACGAGAAUGCUUUUAAUGGCAUACGCAGACUGAAAGAGUUGAUUCUGAGUUCCAAUCGCAUCUCCUAUUUUCUUAACAAUACCUUCAGACCUGUGACCAAUUUACGGAACUUGGACCUGUCCUAUAACCAGCUGCAGUCUCUGGGAUCAGAACAAUUCCGGGGCUUGCGGAAGCUGCUGAGUUUACAUUUGCGGUCCAACUCCCUCCGAACCAUCCCCGUGAGGAUAUUCCAAGACUGUCGCAACCUCGAACUCCUGGACCUGGGCUACAACAGGAUCCGAAGCCUGGCCAGGAACGUCUUUGCGGGCAUGAUCCGCCUGAAAGAACUUCACCUAGAGCAUAAUCAGUUUUCCAAGCUCAACCUGGCCCUGUUCCCCAGGCUGGUCAGCCUGCAGAACCUCUAUCUACAAUGGAAUAAAAUCAGUGUCAUAGGGCAGACCAUGUCGUGGACCUGGAGUUCCUUGCAGAGGCUGGAUCUGUCAGGGAACGAGAUCGAAGCCUUCAGCGGCCCCAGCGUUUUCCAGUGUGUCCCCAAUCUCCAACGCCUCAACCUGGAUUCCAAUAAGUUGACAUUUAUCGGGCAGGAGAUUUUAGAUUCUUGGAUAUCCCUCAAUGACAUUAGCCUGGCCGGGAAUAUAUGGGAAUGCAGCAGGAAUAUCUGCUCCCUGGUCAACUGGCUGAAAAGUUUCAAAGGGCUGCGGGAAAACACCAUCAUCUGCGCCAGCCCCAAAGAGCUCCAAGGGGUGAACGUGAUCGAUGCCGUGAAAAAUUACAGCAUCUGUGGCAAAAGUACCACGGAGAGGUUCGAGCUGGCCAGGGCUCUGCCCAAACCCACCUUCAAACCCAAGCUGCCCAGGCCCAAGCACGAGAGCAAGCCCCCCGCCCCCCCUACAGUGGGGGCCACCGAGCCGGGCCCAGAGAGCGACCCGGAGGACACGGAACACAUCUCCUUCCACAAGAUCAUCGCCGGCAGCGUGGCCCUGUUCCUGUCAGUGCUAGUGAUCCUGCUGGUAAUCUAUGUGUCCUGGAAGCGCUACCCGGCCAGCAUGAAGCAGCUGCAGCAGCGAUCACUCAUGCGGAGACACAGGAAAAAGAAGAGGCAGUCCCUCAAACAGAUGACCCCCAGCACCCAGGAAUUCUACGUUGAUUACAAGCCCACCAACACAGAGACCAGCGAGAUGCUGCUGAAUGGCACAGGACCCUGCACCUACACCAAGUCAGGCUCCAGGGAGUGUGAGAUACCUUUGUCAAUGAAUGUGUCAACCUUUCUCGCAUAUGACCAGCCCACAAUCAGUUACUGUGGGGUGCAUCAUGAUCUCCUCUCCCAUAAGCCCUUUGAAACGAACGCACAGGAAGAAACGAUGGAAAGCCACCUAGAGACUGACCUGGAUCUGAGCACAAUCACCACAGCUGCCCGAAUCAGUGAACAUACUCAACAGCUGGCUUAAUUAAACUCUUUGGGAGCAGAGGGAAACCAUCAAACUCUAUGUUACCCGAAGGACAGAAACGGAGGAAGAUUUGGUUUUUCAUUAUGGAUUCCAAAAACCCCUGUUCCAAUAAGCAAAACAGAAACAAAACAAAACAAACAAAAAAAUGAGAACUGAGAGCGAGUCCCGAAUUGAUAAGAUGCGAAUUGUUUCAAGUUGACACUUUGUAAUUAGCUAAGUUGUGCAGUAUUUUUUUGACUUAAACAGAGUAUGACCCUGGGGAAGACAAGAAUCUUUUUUCAGAACUCAUCCUACCUACCUGUUAAAAAAAAGAAGAAAGAAAAAAGAAAAAAAACUGUACAGAGCUAAUGUAUUUUUCAUAUUGUAAAGUUUCAAUUAUUAAGAGCAAUUGGUAUGUACAGUACCAUGAUUUAAUUACAUUUUGCUUUACAAAUUUCUGUUUCUAAAAUUUUAAAUUAACAAUGAGUCUUUCCUGUGUUCUUCCGAGUUGCUCCAUUUUGUAGGGACUGGUUUUGUUACUGCUUUGGGUCCCAGAAAACGCGACUCUGGGAAUCAGUGAUGGGCAGAUAGAUCCUACAUUAUUUUUACCAAGUUUGCCGUGUAGAAUUUUAUCUACUCGCUUCAGAAAUAAUACAUUAAUCAAAAGUGGGGGGGGAGUUUAAUUGCUCAGAUUUGUGAGAGGUUCUUCAGUGACAGAGACAUUUUUUUCCCUUGCAAAUGAAAAUCAGAGGAGUGUUUUUUAAAUGGUUCUCAGACUUCCUGUUGCCUUGAAUCACAACCUAGUUUCUAAGCAGCAAAAUGUUAAUGAUAAAGAGGGAUAUUUUAACAACACAUUUCUGAAUGAACGACUCAUUAUUUUAUUCUUUUGAGUAAUAUAAUAUUGAUAUUGAAGGGUCAGCAAAGGUAUUGGCUGGGCAUCAGCAGAGACAAAGGUCAUAAUUGGACCGAUGGAUACAUGCACAUGUUUUAAAACAAAAGAGAAAUAUUGCUGAUAGUAUAAUUGAUUAAAAUAUAUACUAUGUCAAAUGAAUUAACAUAGAAAGUAUUGUGCAAACUUUAAAUCUGAGAUAUUAUUUUAUUUUCCUGGCCUAUAUGUCAAUAUUUGUUUUCUACUUAAUCCAAGGAGAUUUUUUUUGGUUCUUUUUGUUUUUUCUUGUUGUUGUUGUUGUUCUUUUGUUUGUUUUGUUUUGUUUGCAGGAGGAGCUACAAUUUCAUCAGUUUUGGUAAAGCCCAAUAUGGAAACCCAUCCACUGAUGUAAAUGAGCAACUCUUCUAUAACUCUGAGUUGCCUGGGCCCUAAGAUAGAACAAAUACAAAAUUAAUGUCUAAGUAAGGACUAGAAACCAGUUUUUCCUGCUUCUUUCUAUCUCCUAUUCCUGGCUACCUCUUCAAAUGAGUUUUACCCUUUAAAAAAUGAGCAAAUAACUAGUCAUUGCAAUGAUUAGAUUGCACUGGGGGAACCUUAAAGGAAAAACAUCAUUGGUUUUCCUUCCUUCCUUCCUUCCU